CAGUUCUUGACACUGAUGCCAACCACAGGUUCUUCAUUGGGGUACUUUCCCAGACUUCCCACGCUGGUGCCAUGGCCAGGUCCGCAGGUUACUCUUUGCAACAGGAAAGCUGUUGAACUUGAAUCCGUUGCUGGUGCUUACUGGAGAGGGGAUGAGAAGAAACAGAUGCUGCAGAGAAUCUAUGGCACAGCAUGGGAGAAUGAGGAACAAUUGAAAGCAUAUCUUCACUUCAAAGAGGAGGCGAAACGCCGGGAUCACAGACGCCUUGGAAUAGAUCUUGACCUGUUCUCUAUACAGGAUGAAGCUGGUGGAGGUCUAGUGUUCUGGCAUCCAAAGGGUGCCAUUGUUAGGCAUAUUAUAGAAGAUUCAUGGAAAAAAAUACAUAUAGAACAUGGCUAUGAUCUGCUGUAUACUCCACAUGUUGCUAGGGCUGAUUUAUGGAAGACCAGUGGCCAUUUGGAUUUCUACAGAGAGAAUAUGUACAGUCAGAUAACAAUUGAGGAUGAACUCUAUCAACUCCGACCAAUGAACUGUCCAUACCAUAUUUUGAUUUACAAGAGGAAGCUACACUCCUAUCGAGAUUUCCCAAUCAGGGUUGCAGAGCUGGGAACAGUGUACAGAUAUGAGCUAUCCGGAAGCUUGCAUGGCCUUUUUCGUGUAAGAGGUUUCACACAGGAUGAUGCACAUAUAUUUUGCUUAGAAGAUCAAAUCAAGGAUGAAAUCCGGGGAGUCCUUGAUCUCAUUGAAGAAAUAUUACUACAAUUUGGUUUUAGCAAGUAUGAGGUGAACCUCUCAACCAGGCCAGAGAAAGCUGUGGGAGCUGAUGAUAUAUGGGAAAAAGCAACAUCUGCACUUAGAGAUGCUUUGGAUGAUAAGGGGUGGAGCUAUCGAAUUGAUGAAGGUGGUGGUGCCUUUUAUGGUCCUAAGAUUGAUCUCAAGAUUGAGGAUGCUCUUGGAAGGAAGUGGCAGUGCUCAACUAUACCGGCAAGUUAUUAAUUCAAAGUUGCCCAA